AGGGGGAGUGGGUGUUGAAAAUAGUGAAUUUUGCCAUUUGAUUUUGUGGCAUCAGAUGAAUAUUUCGGAAUGACUUGGAUUUGGAGGGUCUGUCAACGAUGGAAACCUCUGAUAAGGCAUUCUCCGAGAUAGUUGGCAUGCUGAAGUCCUUGAUCCCUCGACGGUCCGAGCCUGCGAAUGUAUCAAGGGACUUUUGGAUGCCCGACCACAGCUGUAGAGUUUGUUAUGAGUGUGAUUCACAAUUCACAAUCUUCAACCGCAGACACCAUUGCCGUCUUUGCGGGCGUAUUUUCUGUGGAAGGUGCACCGCAAAUUCUAUCCCCAUUUUGUCUGAUGACCCAAAGAGUCGCCGAGAAGCAAAGAAGCAGAUUCGAGUUUGUAACUUUUGUUUUAAACAGUGGGAGCAGGAAGUAGCGGCAGCUGUUAAUGGGGUUCAAGCAUAUGGUCCAAUCAUUAGUCCUUCACUUUCAACAACCAGUUUGGUCAGUACCAUGUCCAGUGGGACUGUUAACAGCACAGCCACAACCAUCUGUUCCUACUCAACUGGACCUUAUCAGCAUGUCCCAUAUGGUUCUGGCCCUAGUCCUGGCCAAUCUGAAAAUAUUGAAACCUUUGCAGAUAAUCAGGAUGCUCUAAUAUAUGGAAGGGGCAUGGACAUUAGAGAUCCAUCUCCACUCACUCGAUUAAGCUAUUCUAUGAACAGGAGUAGCGACAAUGAUGAUGUGUACGGUUUAUGCCCUUCUAAUUUGGAAGCACAAAGUUUUCAGCAUUCUGAUGACUUCUAUGGCCAAGUUGAGUUUGAUGAGAUUGACCAGGAUUUCCAUUCAAAUGAAGUGCAUCCUGCUGAAGAAAAUAUUGAUGCCAAGGAAAUCUGCUCUCCUCUGCAUGACAACAAAAAAUUUCAUGCUUCUUUAGAUGUUGAUAAGAUGGAGGAAGAAGUUGAACCUGAUAAUAGCUAUGAAUGUGAUGCUGCUUCCAUCUAUGGAAUGGAAAAUACAGAUGCAGAGCCUGUGGACUUUGAGAAUAAUGGACUACUUUGGCUUCCUCCUGACCCAGAAGAUGAAGAAGAUGACAGAGAGGCUGUUCUAUAUGAUGAUGAUGAUGAAGAUGCUUCCGGAGAGUGGGGAUAUCUUCGCUCAUCAAAUAGCUUAGGCAGCGGUGAGUACCGGAGUAGAGAUCGGUCAAGUGAAGAGCACAAGAUGGCUAUGAAAAGUGUGGUCGAUGGACAUUUCAGGGCUUUGAUAGCUCAACUACUGCAGGUUGAAAAUCUUCCUGUGGGGGAGGAAAAUGAUAAGGGAAGUUGGUUGGAAAUAAUUACAUCUUUGUCAUGGGAAGCAGCUACUCUCCUUAAGCCAGACACUAGCAAGGGAGGAGGUAUGGAUCCUAGUGGGUAUGUGAAGGUUAAGUGCUUAGCUUGUGGAAAUCGCAGUGAAAGCACGGUUUUAAAAGGAGUUGUAUGUAAGAAGAAUGUGGCACACCGGCGCAUGACAUCCAAAAUAGAAAAACCUCGUUUCCUAAUUCUCGGAGGGGCUCUUGAGUACCAGCGAGUAACAAAUCUGCUGUCAAGUUUUGAUACUUUGCUGCAGCAGGAAAUGGAUCACUUGAAAAUGGCAGUUGCAAAGAUAGGUGCUCACCACCCCAAUGUCCUUUUGGUGGAGAAAUCAGUGUCUCGGUUUGCCCAAGAUUAUCUUCUGGCAAAGAACAUUUCACUUGUUUUGAAUAUCAAGAGGCCUCUCUUGGAGCGUAUAGCCCGCUGCACUGGUGCUCAGAUAGUGCCUUCUAUUGACCAUCUGUCAUCUCAGAAACUGGGGUACUGCGAUUUAUUUCAUGUGGAAAAGUUUGUUGAAGAGCAUGGUGGUGCAGGGCAAGGAGGAAAGAAAAUGAUGAAGACUUUGAUGUUUUUUGAAGGGUGCCCGAAGCCCUUGGGUUGCACUAUUUUGCUUAAAGGAGCCAAUACGGAUGAGUUGAAGAAAGUGAAACAUGUAGUCCAAUAUGGAGUUUUUGCAGCCUACCACUUGGCUUUAGAAACAUCUUUUCUUGCAGAUGAAGGUGCUACUCUACCAGAACUUCCCUUAAAGUCUCCAAUUACUGUGGCACUGCCUGAUAUUCCUUCUAGCAUCGACAGAUCCAUUUCCAAAAUACCUGGCUUCACAGGCUCUGCUGCUGGCAAGCCCCAACUUGUUAGUGAUGCUCAAAGAUCCCAUACAUCAGAUUCAUCUCUAGCAUUAUUGAAUUCUGACAAAAUGGUAAAGGCAACAUCACUGUAUUCCUCUGAAAGCAAAAACCCUCAAAUGGCAGAUUCUGCCUCUGCAUUUAGCUUAUUAUCUAUUGAUACUAAAGGGUUUUCUGUGGAGAACAGCAACCAGGCUGAGCAAGUUGUGGAACCAACAAGCAGGCCAUCCAUAUCUUCUUUAUCUACAUCUGGUGCAGUCUCAAAUUCUUCUCCUGGACAUCAUGCCAUGAAAGAGAAAAAUAAGGUUUGCUUGGGAGAAUGUGAUGAGGCUGAAACAUUUAGACCCCAUGACUCCGCAAUUGAGCUUGACUCUGUUGUCCCAGGCAGCUGUAUUGAUAGUUUGGAGACCUCAGAAAGGUCUGGUGUAAUGACUAACAAUACCGAAUUCAAGAGCAAUCAUAUGGUAGAAAAGCAACCUGGCCCCUCCAGUUUGGCAACUUUAUGUCAGGAAAUUGACCAGAGGCCUGAAAACACAUCAAUAAAGGAAGAGUUCCCACCUUCUCCUUCUGAUCAUCAGAGUAUUUUGGUUUCUCUAUCAACCCGUUGUGUGUGGAAAGGAACUGUUUGUGAGCGCUCACAUCUCUUUCGUAUCAAGUACUAUGGAAACUUUGAUAAACCUUUGGGCAGAUAUUUACGCGACCAUCUUUUUGACCAGAGUUAUAUGUGCCAUUCUUGUGAUAUGCCUUCAGAAGCUCAUGUUCAUUGUUACACACAUCACCAGGGCAGUCUGACUAUAUCUGUUAGAAAGCUUCCAGAAAUUCUUUUGAAAGGAGAACGAGAUGGCAAGAUCUGGAUGUGGCAUAGGUGCUUACGGUGCCCUCGUAAUUGUGGAUUCCCUCCGGCAACUCGUAGAGUUGUGAUGUCUGAUGCUGCUUGGGGUUUAUCUUUUGGUAAAUUUUUGGAGCUUAGCUUUUCAAAUCAUGCUGCUGCAAGUAGGGUGGCUAGCUGUGGCCAUUCUCUUCACAGAGACUGCCUCCGAUUUUAUGGGUUUGGAAAAAUGGUUGCUUGCUUCCGUUAUGCAUCAAUUGAUGUUCACUCUGUAUACCUGCCUCCUUCCAAGCUUGAUUUCAAUUAUGAGCAUCAGGAGUGGAUACAGAAGGAGGCGAAUGAGGUGGCCGAUGGGGCAGAACUUUUGUUCAACGAAAUUCUAAAUGCUUUGCACCAAAUUGCUGAGAGAAAGAGUAUUAAUGGUAGCAUUAAAGUACCAGAAUUGAGACAUCACAUUGUUGAACUUGAAGGAAUUCUGCAGAAGGAGAAGGCUGAAUUUGUGGAUUAUCUACAUAAAGUACUGAAAAAGGAGGCAAGGAAGGGGCAACCGGUCAUUGAUAUUCUUGAGGUUAAUAAGCUAAAGAGGCAGUUGAUCUUUUAUUCAUAUUUAUGGGAUCAAAUGUUGAUAUUUGCUGCUGGAUCAGAUAGUGAUGAAGUUCUUAACAGUUUCAUUACAAGAGAUAAGGAGAAGCUGACAGAUCUGAAUCUAGGACCGAAGCCACAAAAAGACUUUAAUAGUUCAGACACUUCUCCUGGAGAUUUCACAAACAAUGAAUUCCUUAAUGGGAGCACAGAUGCAGUUAACCAUCAGGAGGAUAUCAAUGAUCAGCAUACUCAUUAUUCUGAUCAUCAAAGAUGUAUAGAACUGGAUUCUUUUCAAGGGAAACAAAUCAAAACCCACCUUUCUACCAGCACAAGUGCAAGCGAACAAUCAGUUCUUUUAGAAACCGGUCUUAUUGGCCGUCGAACCCUCUCUGAUGGGCAGUUUCCAAUUAUGUUAAAUCUAUCAGACACUUUUGAUGCAAAGUGGACAGGUGAAAAUGGUCCUUUCCUUUUUGAUGCAAGCUUGUUGGAUUCAUCAAAUUCUUUUGAUGCUGCAGAUGCAGCAUCAGUGUCCAAGGAUUCAGACGAACGAAGUGGAGCUGAAAUAACUCAAUCAUUUGCCUCUGCAUUGCUCACCAAGUUGGGGGGCAGUGCUGAGGACUUCUCAAUCUGGAUUAGAAUGCCUUUUCUGAACUUUUAUCGUCCUUUUAACCGGAUUUUGGGAAGCACUCCAAGAUUUACUGCUCUCAAUGAGUAUAAUCCUGUCUAUGUUCCUUUGUUCCGGGAGUUAGAGCGUCAGGGUGGGGCAAGAUUUCUUCUUCCUGUUGGAGUCAACGACACAGUCAUCCCAGUUUAUGAUGAUGAACCAACCAGUAUCAUUUCUUAUGCACUUGUCUCACCUGAAUAUCAUAUUCAGAUUUCAGAUGAGCGGGAGAGAACUAGAGAUGGUGCAGAAAUUUCACCUUUGUUGCCACCCUAUGAGUCCGGAAAUUUUCACCUAUCUCAGUCAUUUGAUGAAACUACUUCCGAACCUUACAAAAGUUUUGGAUCAAUUGACGAUAGCAUUUUGUCUUUGUCUGGGAGCAGGGGCUCUGUAGGUUUGGAUCCACUUAUCUAUACAAAAGGAAUGCAUGUCAAAGUUUCUUUUGCAGAUGAAGGCCCACUUGGAAAAGUGAAAUAUACUGUCACCUGUUAUUAUGCGAAACGCUUUGAUGCUUUAAGAAGAACUUGCUGCCCAUCAGAGUUUGAUUUCAUAAGGUCUCUCAGUCAUUGUAAAAAAUGGGGAGCACAGGGUGGCAAGAGCAAUGUCUUUUUUGCAAAAUCAUUGGAUGAUAGGUUCAUUAUAAAACAAGUUACAAAAACUGAACUAGAGUCAUUUAUCAAGUUUGCUCCAGAGUAUUUUAAAUACCUCUCAGAGUCAAUAGGCACUAGAAGCCCCACAUGCUUGGCUAAGAUUCUGGGUAUUUAUCAGGUUACAUCAAGGAACCUGAAGGGUGGAAAAGAACUGAGGAUGGAUGUGCUGGUUAUGGAGAAUCUUUUGUUUGGAAGGAAUGUGACAAGGUUGUAUGACUUAAAGGGAUCUUCAAGGUCACGCUAUAAUCCAGAUUCAAGUGGUAACAAUAAAGUACUUCUUGAUCAAAACUUAAUCGAAUCAAUGCCAACUUCUCCAAUUUUUGUGGGGAACAAGGCAAAGCGGCUGUUGGAGAGAGCUGUUUGGAAUGAUACCUCAUUCCUCGCGUCCAUAGAUGUAAUGGAUUACUCUUUACUGGUUGGAGUGGAUGAGGAGAAGCACGAACUGGUACUGGGAAUCAUAGAUUUCAUGAGGCAGUAUACGUGGGACAAACACCUAGAGACAUGGGUGAAAGCUUCAGGAAUUUUGGGUGGGCCGAAGAAUGUGUCUCCAACAGUGGUUUCACCAAAGCAAUACAAAAAGCGGUUCAGGAAGGCCAUGUCUGCAUAUUUUCUUGUGGUCCCAGAUCAGUGGUCACCCCCUACAAUUAUCCCCAACAAUUCACAGACUGAUGCCUGUCAAGAUAUUCAGCAGGAUGGUUCAUUCGAAACAUAAGAUAGUUUCUGUAAAUUUCAAGAUGUAAGUAUGGGAAUCACAAAUCUUUCUAGGGCUUCCUUCAUAUAUUCCUCCUUUUUCCUUUUUCCUUUUUUAUUCUUGUUUUUAUCCCUACAGUUGGCAGCCUCAUUCGUAUUCUAUUGUAUGUUUGUGAAUUAUUUUUUGAGGAUGCAGCACAACACCUUCUACAUGCCAGAGAAUAUUGGCAUACUAUUAAAUAACCUCCGCAUAUACAAUACAGGAAGUUGUUUAUGCUUUGUCUUUUACCUUUA